AUGAAAUUAAUAAAACCAGAAUGGAUUGAACAUGGACCAAAAGAAAGUUUAUCAUCACUUCAUAUUAAUCCCGAAGGUAUUCGUGUUGCAUUAGCUGGUAAAUAUAAUGCUGUUGAUUGUAUACGUAUAUUUCGUCUUGCAUCAAUACUUGAUGAAACUCAUCAACCACAAUCAAGACUUCUUUGUCGUAUUGAUACACAAUGUCCAUUAUGUGUUAGAUUUUCUUAUACAAGUGAUGUUCUAGCUGUUGCAAGUCGUCAAAGUGUAUUACUCUAUCAUUUAACAGCAACAAAUCCAAAUGUAACAAAUCAAUCAGUUCAAUCAUCGUCAUCAUUGGGUGAUUUUCCUGAAACAUGGCGUCUUCGUUCAAGUUUAUCAUCAGGUCAUGUUGCUGAUAUAUUGGAUAUAGCAUGGUGUCCAAUAAAUGAUCGUUAUUUAGCAUCAUGUUCAAUUGAUAAUCAUAUAUGUAUUUAUUCAUGGCCAUCAGCUACACUUACAAUAACACUUCGUGGUCAUACAGGUUUAGUUAAAGGUUUAGCUUGGGAUCCAACUGGACUUUUAUUAGCAUCACAAUCAUCAGAUGGUACAGUUAAAGUAUGGUCAAGUACAACAUGGCAAUGUGAACAAACAAUUAAAGAACCAUUUGAUGCUUGUGCUGAAUCAACAUCAUUUCUUCGACUUGAUUGGUCACCAGAUGGAACCAUGUUUACAACAGCUCAUGCAAAAAAUAAUACAUUUCCAGUUUCAGCUUGUGUUAUACGUGGUGCAUCAGCAGUUGAUGCUGAAUUUGUUGGUCAUCGUAGAGAAAUAACAUGUGCACGUUUUUUACAAAGAAUUUUAUUAAUUAAUGGUCGUCGUCGAUGUUUAUUAGCUAUUGGAAGUAAAGAUCGAACAUUAUCAUUAUGGUUAACAAGUCCACGACAACCUAUGUGUAUAGUUAAUGAUUUUUUUGCAUCAGGUAUACUUGAUAUGUCAUGGUAUUUAAAUGAUAACGAUGGUUUAAUUACACUUGGUAUUUGCUCACCAGAUGGUGCAUGUGCUUUUAUUACAUUUAAUAAAGAUGAAUUAGGUACACCAUUAACACGUCAUGAAAUGGCAAAAUUUUAUAGUGAUAUGUAUAAAGUUGAUAUAUCAAUACCGACAAAAGCAAUUCCAAAUGGCACACCAAUGACAAAUGGAAAUGGUCAUAGUCAUCCUGUACAACAAUCAACAGUAAAAAGUACAUUAGCUAAUCAAACUGAACGUCGAUUANUAAUAUUAUAA